AAGAUUAUCAGGACUUACUGAGGGUGUGUUUUCCACGAACGAGUGGAAGGCGGAUUGCACUCUUUUGUGGCCCUGCCUUCUUUGCUGAGUGUAACAACAUCCCUUUUAGGAUAAAAACCUGGGCAAGUUCAUAAGUGCUUUGCAGAAUUUCAACCAACUCUUGUGGAAACUACCAGCUCAUAGGCUUGUAAUUAUUUCUUAUUAUGAAUGAUAUGGUCGUUAAAAUGUUUGCUUCUGUAUUGCUCUUGUGUGUUUUCUGCCUGGGAUCAGCAGAGGCUGGGAAGUUAUUGGUGAUUCCAGCAUUUGGCAGUCACUGGACAGGCAUGAAGCCUUUGGUGGAGGAGCUUGGACGUAGAGGAAACCAGGUGGUGGUUGUCAUCCCAGAGGAAGGUCUGAACAUGAGUCCAGCACAGCAUACCACCACUUUGACAUAUCCAGUACCCUACACCAAGGCCCAGCUACAAGAGAGUAUGAGUGCAGGCUUAGAGAAGUUGCUGAGUGCAGAUGUAUCUACAGAUCUGUCCAGGUUUCAGAAUUUCUUCCACACUAUGGAUAUGCUUAAAGUUGUUGUCUCCCGGAAUGCUGAGGGUUUGCUCACCAACAAGGACUUGAUGAAGAAACUGCAAGAGUACAGCUUUGAUGCGAUUCUCACAGAUCCGUUUGAGACUGUCGGGGUUAUUGCUGCUGAAUAUCUAUCAGUUCCUGCCAUUUAUAUGCAAACAAGCCAUCCUUGUGGUGUCGAUGCUCUUGCUAGUAAAUGUCCAGCUCCACCUUCUUAUGUUCCACAACCUUUAACUCACUUUACUGACCGUAUGAAUCUCUGGCAAAGAAGUGUGAACCUGGUAAGGACACUGAUUCAGCCCAAGGCUUGUGAACGUAUGUUUGCUCGUGCAGAUGAGAUCGCCUCACAUGUACUUCAGAGAAAAACAUCAGUGGUGGAGAUCAUGAGCCGUGCAGCUCUCUGGUUUAUGCAUUUUGACUUUGUCUUUGAAUUACCACGUCCGUUGAUGCCUAACAUGAUCAUAAUUGGAGGAAUGGACAACAAGAAAGCACAACCUUUGUCACAGAGAAAAAAAACUACUUGAUUAUUGUGCAGACUGUGA